UUUAGCCAGAUUUAAUUACCUUCUCUGUUUAACCAAAACGCCUAGCAUUGCCUGGUUUCGCUUGAUUUCAAUUGACGAUCACAGCUUUCUUUACAAAAAGAUGGGGGAUAUAUCUCUUCCUAAUGAUGCUUUGUUCCUUGGAUUUGAUAGCUCUACUCAGUCGUUGAAGGCAACUGUUUUGGACUCUAAUCUUGUUAUUGUUGCUUCGGAGCUAAUCCACUUUGACUCUGAUUUGCCUCAUUUCAAGACCAAGGAUGGAGUUUACAGAGACCCUAAUGUUAAUGGCAGAAUUGUUUCACCCACCAUAAUGUGGGUGGAGGCUUUGGAUCUCAUUCUUCAAAGACUAUCUAAUUCCAAUUUGGACUUUGGGAAGAUUGCUGCCGUUUCUGGUAGUGGCCAGCAACAUGGCAGUGUUUAUUGGAAGAAUGGUAGUUCUACAUUAUUAUCAUCUUUGGAUCCCAAAAAACCAUUAGUUGAGCAGCUUGGAAAUGCUUUUACUAUCAAGGAAUCACCAAUAUGGAUGGACUGCAGCACCACAGCUCAGUGUAGAGAAAUAGAGAAAGCUGUUGGAGGUGCAUUGGAGUUAUCAAAAAUUACGGGUUCACGUGCUUAUGAGAGAUAUACAGGACCACAAAUUCGAAAGAUAUUUGAGACGCAACAAGAAGCUUAUAAGAACACUGAGCGGAUCUCUCUUGUUAGCUCUUUCAUGGCUUGUCUCUUCAUAGGGGCUUAUGCUUGUAUUGAUACAACUGAUGGUGCAGGGAUGAAUUUGAUGGAUAUAAAGCAAAGGGCUUGGUCUAAAGUUGCACUAGAGGCUACAGCUCCAGGUUUGGAGGAAAAGCUUGGAAAGCUAGCACCUGCACAUGCUGUAGCUGGUUCUAUAGCCUCCUAUUUUGUGGAGAGGUACAAGUUCAAUAAGAAUUGCUCAGUGGUUCAGUGGUCGGGAGACAAUCCAAACAGUUUAGCAGGUUUAACUCUAAACACUCCUGGGGAUCUAGCAAUCAGUUUGGGUACCAGUGACACUGUCUUUGGAAUCACUAAGGAUCCUCAACCUAGUUUAGAAGGGCAUGUUUUCCCAAAUCCUGUUGAUAACGAAGGCUAUAUGGUUAUGUUGGUCUACAAAAAUGGGUCUUUGACACGUGAAGAUGUACGCAAUAACUAUGCUGAGAAAUCUUGGGAUGUUUUUAACAAAUUUCUGGAGCAUACUCCUCCACUGAAUGGUGGGAAGAUAGGCUUCUAUUACAAGGAUCAUGAGAUUCUUCCUCCUCUUCCUGCUGGCUUCCACCGGUACGUUCUUCAAAAUUUCAACGGUGAAACUCUGGAUGGCUUGAAUGUACAAGAAAUCCAAGAAUUUGAUCCUCGUUCCGAGGUCCGUGCCUUGAUCGAGGGCCAAUUUCUCUCAAUGCGUGCUCAUGCGGAAAGAUUCGGAAUGCCUUCUCCAAAUCGAAUCAUCGCUACUGGUGGAGCAUCAGCAAAUAAAAGCAUUCUCAGCUCAAUUGCAUCAAUUUUUGGCUCUGAUAUAUAUACUGUUAAAAGGCCAGAUUCGGCAUCUCUGGGAGCUGCAUUGAGGGCUGCUCAUGGUUGGGUGUGCAACAAAAAGGGGAGUUUUGUGCCAAUCUCACAGAUGUACAAGGAUUUGGACAAGACAUCUCUGAGCUGCAAGCUCUCAAUGGCUGCUGGAGACCAGGAACUGGUUUCCAGGUACGCUUUAUUGAUGAAGAAGAGAAUGGAAUUAGAGAAUAAGCUUGUCCAAAAGUUGGGACGUUGCUAGGACUCAAUUAACUUCUAAUUGUGGUUGUGGUACGAGGAAACGCUCAGUGACAUCUUUCUCAACAGCCGAUAAUUGUGUUACAUUUCGUGAUUGUUAUUUAAUUUUAUUGUCAGGGUUCAUUUAUUUUC